AUGUCGAGCAGGCUUCGAUGGCUUUUCUUCAUAUCACAGUUUCUUCUCUUGCGGACGGUGCAAUCGUUUUCGGAUAUUCACAACUCAGUCAUUGGUCUUCCCCAAAUCACCUGCGAGCGCGACUUCAUCCGCUUUGAAGUGCAAACGGAAAAGCCUUUUCGGGGAAAGGUGUUCGUCAAAGGGGAAUAUGGAAAUGCACACUGUACAAGAACUUAUAACAAUGGACAUGUGAUUGGAGCAUCACCAGUCGCCAGUGCCACAAUCUCGCCCUAUUGGAGCACUUAUUCGGGAAAUCCUGCUGAAAAUCAGAAGACAACGAGAAAUCCAGAAACUCAGAAAAAUCAACAGCCUCAGAAAAAUAAUCUUGAGCACCAGGGUGGAUCGGAAACAGAUCCAUUCGACCGAGACCCCAGACAAGGCCCCAAUCAUGGAAAUUCGAAUUUCAGAAACGAUUUUGAGCAAGGUGUUCGACACAAUUCCGCCUUUGGCCCAUCUCCACCGGGGGCCAUCCCCACAUCGAGUUUUGGCGGCUCGACGAUGAAUCCUCGUUUCGGGCACGCAAGCGGCCAAGUGGACAGCGGAGAAGUGAAUGGAGCUGAGGAUACGACUCUCACUCCGAAUCUGUUGCCGACUGGAUCCCCACAGUUGAGAGUGCUCAUGGGGAAAACGGGAAAUCCGAAUUCGUCGAAUGGGAACAAUUUUGGGAGCACGGCUCGACCACCGGGCUUCUCAACUGGUCCACCUGGGAUUGAUGGAUCUGCGGUAAAUGGACAUCGGGUGGAAAAUCAGUUUGCCGGUGGGAAACCCGGGCAUAAUGGAGGGAAUUCGAUAGAUAACGAUCACGAGUGGUCACAAAGCACUCGGGCGCCGGAAGGAAGAACAACAGCGGCUCUGACAGGGCAAGGAUUUGGGCGGGAAAGUGAAAAGAUCUUUCCAUCGCAAUGCCCAUCGACAUGUGCGCCGUGUGCUUGCGAUGAUUUUGAGGAUGAUUUUGAGCAUUCGGCUCGAGGAAGGAGACAGGCUCAAAACUCGGUGACACUUGAAGUACCGUUGGGCGAGUGCAGAGCGAAACGCGAUCGAGUGGUCUCACCCCCCGGUGUCUACGUUUCAUUUGUGGCGGUGAUCUCGUUUCACGAGAAUUUCAUCACGAAACUCGAUCGAGCCUAUCAUAUAAAAUGUGCAUAUCAAGAGUCGAAUAAAACGGUUGAGACACAAAUUGAUGUUAGUAAUCCUCCACCGGAAGACUUGGCGAGCCAGUGCGACACGAAUGGAGCUGUGCUACGCCGCUUACUGGUUUGGAAUUGUACAAGAAAAUUCAAUCAUUAUAAUAUUUUCGCAAUGUAUGGUCUUCAUGUGCACUCGUGUUAUGUGGAAGAUGGAAAGGGUGAUCGACAGUUACUCAUCGAUGAAAAAGGAUGCUCGGUUGAUGCCGAUGUUCUACCCAAUCCCACCUAUACACCAUCUACAUUAUUGGCUUAUGUAGAUGCUUUUGUCUUCAAAUUCCCCGAUCGGGAGACUCUCGAUUUUCAGUGUUCAAUGUCAUUGUGCACUCGUGAAAGCGAUGGAUGUGAAGGGAUUACGCCGCCAAUUUGUGACUCAAUUGGCUCAAAUCGGAUUAGAAGGAGCACUUUUGUGGUCAGAAACAACUCAAGUCAGCAACCUGAAUGGACUCUUCACUCCCCCACCCUUACCGUCGUUGAUAUAGACAACAAUAUGGAUAGACCGACUCCAUCUGCUUGGGCUCAACCACAACUUCCACCAGCCGAGCUCUGCCUUUCCAUUGCCGCUUUUGGAGUUUUGGUCUCCGCUUCGACUUUCAUGGCCACUGUUGCAUUUGGCGCUAUUGUUGCAUUCAUAUUUCUACGAAAAUCAAGUUAU